AUGACGUUCGCGGGCUGCUUCGCUGACACCUACAGCAUGUACCUUUCGACCAGAUUCCUCGCGGCCGCUUUCGGCGCGACCAACGUAGUCGUCAGCCUCCUGAUGCUUUACGAAGGGUUCGACUACAGCGACCGAGUCUUAAUGACCACCUUCGCCUCGUCAUUCCCGUUCCUGCUGUCCGAUAUGUGGUCCCAUCUGCUUCGGCUCAGCUCGGUUCACCUGGCUUCAGCGCGCCUCAGCUGGUUUCUGCUGCAGGUCGUCCUCCUGGCACCAACUCUACUCCUCGUGGUCGCGUUCGCCAUCACCCAGGAGUCGCCGCGAUGGUUCAUCACCAAGCGGGACCUGCAUAGAGCCGGCGUCGCCAUGUUGUCCGCGGCCGAGGUCAACAAUUUCAAGCCGUUCGGCAUCGACUGGCUGAUGAACAUGUUGAAAGCCGAAGCUGCCAGGAGCGACGCCAUGAAGGGUCUACACGCCGGGCAGCUCCGGAUGUCCCGGAGGCGACCAACGAACGUGAGGCACCUCUGGUGGGCCUCGUCCGGCGCCACGGUGUUCAGCUACGCGAUCCUGUACGUCCUCGCAGCGCGGGCGGUAGCCAUGACGCAGCUCCUUAGGCUCAGCCUGGUGACCCUCAUAGUCUUGGCGUGCUGCAGGAGCGUCAGUGCCACGGCCGCGGCCAGUCUGGCUCCGCUUUUCGCGGCGAUAUUCAUUGCGGCCAAGACGACCGCCUACUUGGCAAUCGUCGUGCACGCGGUGUACGUCGUCGAUGCGUUCCCCACACCAGUGCGAGUCACGGCGUUGGCUUGGGUGUCCGCCUGCGGACGCGUGGGUUCCAUCGCCGCAUACCCGACGUCCGGACUUCGAGACGUGGGCCGCGAAGACCUGAGCCUAGCCAUAACGGCGUCCCUGUUGUUCGCCACGCUGAUGGCAUUUCGCGUGUUGCCUACCAUAGGGCAACAUUCCCAGAAGUUGGUGUCUCGCCGGCUCUCGAUGACGAGCAAAGCGAGCACUGAAACCGUCAAGCUGGUGGCACGCAGUACCUCGACGUCCAGCAAACCAACCAUCGACGUCAUGAAGGAGACCUUGGAGCAGCCGCUGCCGCCGAGCCGCAAGUCUUCCAAGAGUCGUUCCAGCUCAAUGAGCUUCAAGUCGAGUCUUUCCUUCCCGUCAGGGAAUGCACAGCACAGAGUCAGCUGA